CAGGUGGCGGUAAUGCUCCUGUACGUUGGUCUGCCAACCGCCAAUAAAACUCAAAAGAAGAAGAAGAAGCGGAAGAAGACAAUCGAGCGAUCUUUUUAACAAAUGGCGGGUGCUUUGAAAGAAAAACAACUUGUUCGACAUGUUUAUGCUGCAUUACAGGCUGCGUCUUGUCCCUUGGUAGAAGGGCUGCAUCUGCAGGAAGUGGACAGUAUGCUGCAGCUGCUGUGUUCUCCCUCCCAGCAUCGCACCGACAUACUGGCAUGGAUCUGCAGCAGUAUCGACCCAAACUUUGCAAAUUCAUUGGCAAUUGCAAUGAAAUCCAAAGGCCCAGAUGUGCUGACUAAGGAAAUUGCUCUGCUGGGACACGAGUUGAUGCUUUGCAAAGCAGAUGACCUGGAUCUGAUCAGGGGCGAUGCGAGUCCUUGCUUGCAGCUUCAGUUCCUAGAGCAGCUUUUAACUUUAGUGCCUGGCUGCAAGAAGUCUGCUGGGCACAGAAAAGAUCAAGAGAUGUUCCUGAACGAGCUCUUCACUGCUGAGAAUCUGCCUCACUUCACACAAAUACUCAAACCAGCACUAGACCCCUGGCCUGCGCACAUCAAGGCUUUACACAGGGGCACCAAGUCCCAUGCAGCCAGUAGAGGAGAGGCUGCAGAUGUUUCUCACCUUCUCCAGCUGACUCAGUCAACACUGGAGCAGCUACAGUCAGAGUGUGAGUUCCCGAGUAAUGAGGAGCAGACUCCUGCUGUCUUCUCUCCAAGCUCUCUGCGUGUGGCAGCGUCUGACCUCCAGCUCUUGAUGGCCACUUUUAGCCAUGUUUUUGAAACCGACUUGAGAAGUUACUGCAGCAGAGAUGAGCCCAGCUUCAGCACCGACCCCGACGUCUUCCAGAGAAUACACCAGCUGCUGCUGGCUUUCAUCAUGGAGCUGGAAAUGCUGCAAGAAGUAUCAGACGCAUCCGCAACCAUGAGUGAGGAGGUAAAUCAGCUCCAAACACAGCCGUGCUACUGGAGCCGCGGAGAGAAGCACAGUUUACCGGACCAGUUGGAGGAACUUACCAAGCAAAUGAAGGACUUUUUCUCCCUGCCUCCUUCCUGAUGCCAUCCCUAACACCAUGCCGGUGGCGUCAGAGUAAAUAUUGAUUGACAGCUGAAGUGAGCACAGCACUAAACAUAAUGUACUAGUGAUGGGAGAGUCUGAUCGGUUGUUGUUGAAACUGUAAAUGUGGGACAGAAUUGUGACCAAUAGGAGAAUGUUUGAUUUCACAGAACUUAACCAGUGACAGAUUUAAGCAGAAAUUCAACCAUUGUGUCAUAGAAAACUGAUACAGUUUAUUAUUUUAACCAGUAUGACUGAUAUGAGGGAUAAGGCGGCUUGAGUGUAAUUAUUCACAUCAUAAUACUGGCAACAUCGAUUCCAUAUUAACAUGAAUGGUCCUGCAGUAAUGAGUUCAGUAGGUUUCUGUCUGUGACUACAGUCAUUGUAUCAUCAGAAUUCAACAUGACUGAUGUUUUUCUCCUGAACGUCUAUUGUCCUUUACAGCGCUUUGUAUAAAUGUUUAUAUUGGAUCACUUAAUAAAUGUAUUGCUUUAAGUUGUAA